AUGCUGAAAUUGUUGUUUUUGGCCAUUUUGGCCAUCGUGGUCAUGUCUCAAGAAACGAUCACGUGCGAGUUCUGCAAAAGCGGUUUAGUCACAAUAGGGAAAGCGUUGGUGAGCAAUGAUGCGUUGAGAGCAACAAUGUCGCGGCAACUUGCCGAUAAUUGUGACAGUGUGCCGCAAGAGGAUAUGAGAGACGCCUGCCGUGUCGUCUACGGACAAAAUUUCGAUGCAAUGCUCACUCAAAUUGGUCAAAAUCCCGAUGCUCAACCGGCUUCAAUGUGCCAGCAAAUGGGUUAUUGU